UUCCUCUAUCACUGAACUCUCACACACAGUCCUCAGCUUUGUUCGCCUUCAACAUUUCCAUCGAUGAACGCAUUGAAUAGUCUCAUUAAGCCCUCGAUUUCACUACUUGACAAAUCCCAUUUCCUGAAAGGCUCUUUCUUUCACCCCUUCUUCAAAUCCAAGCCAUUCUCUGACAAUACACAUAUCUUAGGUCUCUAUGAACGCGGGACCUUUCUGCUUCCCAUCACUUGCACACUCAAGAAGCCUCGAGACCUCAAAAACAAAGCAAAGAGCGUAUCGAAGAAGAUUGUGUUAUCAGAAGAGGUUCCGCCGCCCUUAAGGGAGGACGGAGACGGCCUUCCAGGUGGCGGAAAUGGGCCACCUCCGGAAAGCUCAGGGAGUAAAGGCGGUGUUUCUGGGAUGGGGAGGCUGCUGAUGAAAAGGGUAUUGAAGGUUCUGUCUAAUUUGCCUUUGGCUAUUGGGGAAAUGUUCGCCAUUGCAGCUUUGAUGGCACUGGGAACCGUUAUUGAUCAAGGCGAGGCGCCGGAUUUCUAUUUCCAGAAAUUCCCUGAAGAUCAUCCUGUGCUAGGAUUUUUUACUUGGAGAUGGGUUCUCACCCUUGGUUUUGAUCACAUGUUCUCAUCGCCUGUAUUUCUUGGAUUGUUGGUUCUUUUUGGUGCAUCCCUUAUGGCCUGCACUUAUACAACACAGAUCCCGCUUGUAAAGGUCGCAAGAAGAUGGUCAUUUUUUCACUCUGCUGAGACCAUCCGUAAGCAGGAAUUUUCAGAAAUGUUGCCAAGAGCAUCAGUCCAAGAUGUGGGCACCAUACUGAUGGGAGCUGGAUACGAGGUAUUCUUGAAAGGCCCCUCUCUAUAUGCUUUUAGGGGGCUUGCUGGUCGGCUGGCCCCCAUUGGCGUACAUUUAGCAAUGCUGUUCAUAAUGGCUGGAGGAACGCUCAGUGCAACUGGGAGCUUUAGAGGUUCAGUCACAGUGCCCCAGGGAUUGAACUUUGUUGUGGGAGAUGUUCUGGGUCCAUCUGGGUUUCUCUCUUCUCCCACAGAAGCCUUCAAUACAGAAGUUCAUGUUAACAAAUUCUACAUGGAUUACUAUGAUAGUGGAGAGGUUUCACAGUUCCACACUGACCUUUCUCUCUUUGACAUAAAUGGGAAGGAAGUAUUGCGGAAAACAAUUAGUGUAAAUGAUCCUUUAAGAUAUGCUGGCAUCACUAUAUACCAAACGGAUUGGAGUUUUUCAGCACUGCAAAUUCUGAAGGACAACGAAGGACCUUAUAACUUGGCUAUGGCGCCUCUACAGAUCAACGGAGAUAAGAAACUGUAUGGUACCUUUUUACCAGUCGGUGAUGUUAACUCACCUGAUGUGAAGGGAAUAUCUAUGCUUGCUCGUGAUCUACAAUCAAUUGUCCUUUACGAUAAAGAAGGAAAAUUUGCAGGAGUUAGACGUCCUAAUUCGAAGCUCCCAAUCAACAUCGAUGGCACAGAAAUUGUUGUUGUUGAUGCAAUAGGAAGUAGUGGCUUGAACUUAAAGACUGAUCCUGGCGUACCGAUUGUAUAUGCUGGAUUUGGCGCUCUGAUGCUCACCACCUGCAUCAGCUAUUUAUCUCACUCCCAGAUAUGGGCACUACAAGAUGGGACCACAGUGAUUAUUGGAGGGAAGACAAACAGAGCAAAGGCCGAAUUCCCAGAGGAGAUGAACAGCUUGCUUGAUAAGAUUCCUGAAAUUGUUGAAUCUUCUGUGUCUGAGCAAGCUGAUGCCAUUAGUGGCUAGCUUAUAGCUUUUGAAAAGUCGAGGAUUGGAAGAAAUAGCCAUUUCAUUUGAAUCAUAGCAAUUUAUGCGGAUCACAUAACAAAGAUGGAGUCCAGGGCACUCUGAUUUUCAAAUAGAGAUUGAACUCCUUCCAUGAGUUGCUCAAGCAUUCUUGGCUAAUCAGCCAAACAUAUAUAUGCUAUCGCUGAUACGCGUUCAGGAUAUAUUUUCAAUUUUGUUGUUGUAUAGUGCAAAAUAUUUAAGCUCAGUUGGCUUAUGUUAAUUCAUUAUGGGGAAGUAAGACAGAUAUAUUUGAAUCAUAUGUUUUUUGGCUGCGCAGACUGAUUUCUUGAUGAAUAUAAGAUUGUUCUUUGUAUUCUAUUUGCUU